AUGUCAGGGCCUCCCAACGAGCACUGGGAACGCUUCGACGCCGACGGCAAGGCUGAGGUGGUGCUGAUCAACGCCGGAUAUGGGGACGAGAACCGCGACCCGAAGAUGAUCACGGGCGAGCAGCAGCAGCAGCAGCAACGACAGCAGUACGACCAGCUGCGCCCCGCGAAGCGACCAGCCGACGGCUCAUCACCCAACGAACCCCCAAACAAGGUGUCAGCCAUGGGGAAAGACCCCGCCGGACGCGAUCAAGAGAACACCACACCACCCAGCACCUUUCAGUACCCGCCGAGCCUGAUGCAGCCGACCCCGUUCGACAUGUUCGGCGCGGCGGCGGCCAACCAGCAGUACCAGCUGUUCGCGGCGAUGGGCCAAGGCUUCAACACGCCCAACUUUGCCCACCAGUUCGGCCAGUUCAGCACCUCACAACAGCACACACCGGGCAGCGCUGGCGGAUACGGCACGAGCACUGAUGACAGUGGCAUCUUCACGAGCCCGAACAACGACCAACCGAGCAGCCCCGACAGUUCCGACGAGCUCGGCCCGGAAGCGGAUGAUGAAGCGGAAGUCAAUCAGGCCGACUCGUCGAUGCCUACGAAUUAUUUGGCCUCCUCCUCAACGGCCACCCAGCUUGCCCAGGGCGGCGCCGCCAAUGCUUCUCACGAGAAUGAGACCGAGUUCGACCUGGUGCCGGCCCGUCACGCCCUUCUAUCGGCUUCCACAAAAUACAAGGUGACGGUUGGCGAAAUCCGGCGUCGUCUCUCCCCGCCAGAGUGCCUGCACGCGAGUUUGCUAAAUGGAAUCUUGCGAAAGGCGAAAUCGAAGGACGGCGGCAAGGCGCUCCGCUCUCGACUCCAGGAAUACGCGAUCGAACUACCCCUCGGCCGGCGCAAGACCUCACCCGCCACCGCCUUCACAGCACUAUGCGAAGAAGAAGCGUACGUGAUGGGGCACGAUUUCGAGGCGUUGGUGACGAAGAAUCUGUCGACAAAGGACCUCGCCCAAUAUCUUGUCGACAAGACCAAGAAGGAGAACCAUCUGAUGCUGCACGAACGCCAGCAGCAGCUCGUCCAGUCGAAACGCUUCCUCUCGGAGAUGUUGAGCGUCUUCCAGUCGGGCGGCAUCCAUCCCCGUGACUAUCAUCGCCUGCACAACACCCUCGGCCAGGCCACCAAUGCCGUCCAGAAUUUUGGCCUCGUGACGCACGGCUUCGGCCCGUACGCCUUCUGCGCCGUCAUCCAGGGCAUGAUGGGCAUCUGCGACGCCGGCCUCAACCAGCUGGCCGCCGAGAUUGCCGUUCUUGGGCAGCGUCAACCCCAACAGCCCUCCCACCAGAUGCCAAUGUCGUUCUUGCCGCCAAACUUUGCGAUGGGCCAGCCCGGUUUCCCCGGUGGCCACCCGAUGCAGUCGAUGUACCCGCCGCAGGGCCAAUGGCCCCUA